AUGCAAGAGGAGGAGAGGUGGAAGCAGAUAAAGGCAGACAGGCAGCUCAGCCAUUCUAUGUCCAGGGACUUGGAUUGUCCUGUUCAGACACAGAUGGCUGUUGCAGUCCUGGAUCGGAGUUUCAGCAGUGACUAUCCUGCAAGUAGCAAAACUGAGGGGAGGCCAUUGAGCUGGAAGAGAGUUUUUGUUCAAACUGAUAAUGGUUCUGUCCUGGGCAUUGAACUGGAGAGGGGGGAAAAUGCGCACUCUGUGAAAAAAAAGCUGCAGAUAGCUUUGAAUGUUUCCACAGAGGAGAGCUCACUGACCUUUGGUGAUCUUGUUCUGAACAAUGAUCUCAGCAAUGUCCGCAAUGACUCGCCGUUGCUCCUCACAAGGAAUCAGAUGCACCGUAGCAGCUCAACACCCUGUCUCUCUCCUACUGGAAACGGCAUGCAACAGCGAGACCGUAGUGGACCCAUUGCUAUCCUUGGAUGUUCAAGCCCUUCCCCUCAGAUGAAACAGCUUGCUAAGGAUAUUGUCAAAGCCAUAAGGAAUGAUGUUGACCCAGUAGCUGUUAACAGUGGGAUGGGUGGUGCCUACUACUUCAAUAACAUUUGGGGUGAACAUGUUGCAAUUGUAAAGCCAACCGAUGAGGAACCAUUUGCUCCAAAUAAUCCUAAAGGCUUUGUAGGGAAGACACUUGGACAGCCAGGCCUCAAAAGGUCUGUACGAGUUGGUGAGACAGGGUUCAGAGAGGUUGCUGCUUACCUCCUUGACCACGGCCACUUUGCAAAUGUUCCUCCAACCAUGCUGGUCAAGAUCACACACACUGUGUUCAAUGUGAAUGCCACUGUUGGCUGCAAUCAUAAGAUGUUCCACAACAAAUCACAGGCUGUGAGCAAGAUUGCAUCAUUGCAGCAGUUCAUCCCUCAUGAUUUUGAUGCCAGCGACCAUGGGACAUCAAGCUUCCCUGUAUCUGCUGUGCACAGGAUCGGCAUUCUUGACAUCAGAAUCUUCAACACGGACAGGCAUUCGGGCAAUCUUCUGGUCAGGAAAGUUGGUCCUGGGUCUGACAACUUUGGAGUGCAGACUGAACUCAUUCCUAUUGACCAUGGUCUUUGUCUGCCCGAAUGUCUAGAGGACCCUUACUUUGAAUGGAUUCACUGGCCACAAGCAUCCAUCCCUUUCUCUGAGGAAGAACUUGAAUACAUUGCAAAUUUGGAUCCUUUAAAAGAUGCUGAGAUGCUACGGAUGGAGCUUCCCAUGAUCCGCAAGGCAUGUCUGCAGGUGCUGGUGCUGUCAACAAUAUUUCUCAAGGAAGGUGCAGCAUUUGGCCUUUGUUUGUCCGAAAUAGGAGAGAUGAUGAGCAGGCAGUUUACUGGGAAAGAAGAAGAGCCAAGUGAACUUGAGCUUCUUUGCAUGGAGGCAAGGAAGUGGGUCGAGGACAGAGAGCUAUUUCUUCCAGAAGCCGGAGUUGAAGAUGACGAUGAUGACUUCACCCAGUUCUCUCUUGACGGCGAGGAUGAUUCAGAUGCAUUUGAAUCACCCUCAUUCAGCAGGUUUGGUCCCAUGAAGGCAAGUCACAGGAAUCCACUGUCAAAGCUAGCCGAGUGUGAUGAGGAGGAGGAGGAUGACAAGGAGAUGAUCAAGGAUGACUCUGACCCCUUGAACGGUAUGUUUCCGAAGCUGGUCCCUCCUGUCUCGAAACUGUCCGCGUCGCUGAAGGGGUUUGGUUUCCAUGGGAAAGCUAAACCCUUCCACGGAGGCAUUCCGAAGACGAAGAGCAAGGUGGCUGCUAAAACUAACUAUAGUGGCGAAGGUAGUAUGUAUCAGUCUGGAAGCAGGAGCGCGAAUGAGAUGCUCCCUCCCAGCGCCAGUUUUGUGAAGCUGUCGGACAUGGGCUCCGAGGAGUGGAACACGUUCCUCGACAAGUUCCAAGAGCUCCUCCCGAGCGCCUUCGAAGCACGGAAGCACGCUGCUGGCGCCGGCCCGCGCCCGCUGCAGAGGCUGGGAACUUCUUGCCAGUUUUGA